GGAAGCGCGCCAUAACCAAAACAAACUGAAAGCAAGUUGACAAAGUAGUAGAAUGAGUGGAAGACAGAUUUUAGAAACUUUACGUCAGUUGGGGUAUCCCAAGGUUGAUGAGUUAGAUCCGCAGAUGUUUGAUUGGUUGUUUGAAAAAGAGAGUAUUGUACCUUUUCUUGAUUGGUUUGUGAACAAUGUUCAUUCUGAUAAUAUUAUAACAGCAAGCGACCGACAAGAGUAUAAGGACCUGGAGUCCAAAUCAACCGAAGGUUUAUUAGAUGGAAGACAACUCGAGGAUGCUCUGAAAAAAAUGGAAGUUGUAAAUAAUGAGACUGAAAUCACAGAGGAAUCUUUGAGUGAUGAUAUUUCGAGAUUAAGAAAAGAAUUAGAGAUGAGUAAAAAGAAGAAAGAGACACUGAUACAGAGAAGAAAUAAAUUGAGUGUUCAUCAUACAAGUCUAAGUCAUAAACUAACCAAAUUAACUCCUUUAGAAAGUCAAGCUAAAAAACAAUACAGACAACACCAAGACCAACUUCAAACAGAUAAUAUUAAAGUUAAUGAGAGCAUGGAUGGAUUAAUGAAAUCAGUAUCUAGAGUAACGUCCCUUUAUAACCCAGCAACUAAAGGUGAAGGUCAACAUGAAGAAGUCUUUUUAUCACAAGUUAAUCUUGAAGAUUAUUAUCAAACGGAAGAAAAAUAUACACAGGAAAUUACAGUUUUUACCAGAAAGCAGUUCUUCCAGAAUAUAGGUAAAAUGACAGGUGAAAGUGAAGAUUCAAGGUUUGAAUUAUUAGAGAUAAAAGAUCCUGAGAGUUUAUUGGUACAUGGUGAGAAUGAGGCUAAUACAGUUCAAGAUUGUAAAGAAUUAAAUAGAUUACAACAUAUUUAUCCAUUAAGUGAAACAGAGAGAGUAUUUAGUAUAGUAGAAGAUAAAAGUGUUAAAAGUGCCGUUAAUACAGCCAGUGAUUUAUUAAAUCUUCUACAAUCAGGAAACUUUCCUCUUGAUACAAAUAAAUUAAGUACACAAUUACAAGAAACACAGUCUAGUUUACAAACUGUUCGACGAGAUCUAUCAACUCUACUUGAAGGUGAUCUACCAUUAUUAGUUAAAGAGUUAGCUCCCUUACAAGGUACACAUAUAUUAACGGGAGAUUACAAUCUUAAACUAGCAAGACAGGAUUAUUUUACCUCCAAUCAAGAUAAGGUUAUUGCACUGCUCGUUAACCAAAGAGCAAGAAAUGAAUUUUUAACAAUGGCGUAUGAAGUUGAAGCACGACAUCACAGGGACAUACAUCGUCAUCUUACAGCCAUCAGACUUCAAUUACAACAACAUCUGAAAGACUGGAAAAAUAGAAUGACUGUAAUGGAUGAUCCUAGUUUAAAAGCAAGUAAAUACGAGAGAGGAACGAUUGAUACAAGAGAUACUGCUACAACUAGAUUACAUCAUAUCUUAGUUGAUGGAGAUGGCGUAGAGAAACAACUGUUUUUAACAUAUUCUAGUUUACUGGAAGGUGGAGACAAAUUACAACAAGAUCAUCAAGACGCUUAUACAGCCAUGUUAAACACAGCUACCAAACAUUACGAUAAAUUACAUACAUUGGAAGAUAAUGUGAGAAUAUGUGAACGAAGUAUUUAUGAAGGAUCAAGUACAACUGGUCAACCUGUUUUAAGUCCACCUCCAGUUCAAGAUGCUAUUAAAAACUUAGAUAACAUGUUAAAAAAACUGGAGGCCACCAUAGUUGAUAGUUUACGUGUUAUUAAUAACAAAAAAACAGCUUUAAAAGAUGACCGACUAUUAUCGAGAGAAAGAACAUUUUUUGUGGAUUUUUUUAUGAAUCCAGAGAGAAUAAAUCAAGCUAUGGAACAAGUCACCAACAGAAUACAAUCCAUUCAAGUUCAGUAAAUAAUAUAUCACACCGUGUUAAUACAGGGGGAUCGAUGGCUGAAUGGUGUAAUACCUGUGUUAUAUUACACAGUGUUAAUACAGGGGGGGAUUGAUGGCCGAAUAGUCUAAUCCCUGGGCUUUAGAUCAUAAGGUCUGUAAUUCAGUCAAGUGGUGUGGUUUUCGAUUCCCUGGUUGUACGUGACAAGGAGUAGGAUCGUCAGUUUUAUUACUUGGAUUUAAACCCCAUUGAGUCAGGAACCAUGUUUUCGAUUCCCUGUCUGUACGUGACACCAACCUUGUGGGUUUUCUCCAGGUCCUCCGGUUUCCUCCCACUGCUAAAGACCCCUACGCGCAAGUGAAUUAUGGGAAUAAAAUUGAAACAUAUGUUAGUCCCGAAAUGACCUGGUUUGUGUCUAGUGGACGUUAAACCCCAUUCCUCUCUCUCUGUAGUGACAGGUCGGGUGGUCUGUUCAAUUUCUUGGGUUUAAAGUUUAAACCCCAUUUCUCUCUCUCUCUCUCUCUCUCUGUUCAUACAUGUACCUUGAAUUCUUAUUUAAAAGUUAUUGACCCCCAUUGAAUUGGGACCCUGUUGAUGCAAAUUAAACACCAAAAUAUAUUGAAUAGCACAAAAAUCUUGCUCGAAAUCUUUAACUCAAUAUAUAAGGCUUUUUGGAAAUAAUCAGGAUCACAUUGACCAUUGGUUCAAUUGUGUGAGUGACUUGUUGAUGAUAGCUAUGACAAGUAUGUAGACAUGGUUAUCCAGAUGCAAGUUUAUAUUUCAUAUAUUGAGAUAUAAGAUUAGGAGUGUGUAAUAUACUCGAGUUGUAUAUCCUCAAAGACUGACUACAAAUGAAUACAACGGUUAAAGCUGAACUCCGAUUACAAAACUACAGAAAUAAUCAAAUAAAAAAAAAUUAACCCCCUAAAUAAUCGCCAUAUUGUUUUCAAGUUGUAGAACAAUCAUGGACGAUUGAACGGCGUACAAAAACAAGAGGCAGGCCACGCCUACACCCAGUUCAUGCCUUGUCAACCACACUGUCAACAUCCGGCUAGCAAUAUUUCAGCUGACUAUAAUUGAUGGCUACUGAAACUAGUUUAUUUAAACAAUAAUAUGUAAAAUUAAACAAUGAAAAUAUAAAUUAUAUUUCUGUAAAUAAUAAACAUGAA